UUGUGAAUCUAACCAUAUUGCCUAGAAUACUUCUUGUCCAGUCCAUGUCAUGACUCUGUAUAAUUGAGUCAUCAUUUUUCUCAUCUGGGCCAUCCAAAUAGAACCAUAUAAUGAACAGGGAUCACACCCUCUUAAGGUUUAAGGUGCCUAGAUUUAGGAAUGCAAGUUUAUGGUAGAAGAAACUCCAGCAAGGUUUUUCUGAAACAUGCCAAUAUCUGAUGUUUCCAGUGAUCUUACUGUUGAAGUCGGGGCCUCAAGCUUUGCACUUCAUAAGUUCCCUCUAGUUUCCAGAAGUGGAAAAAUCCGGAGGCUGUUGUUGGAAACAAAAGAUACAAAAAUUUCACGCAUAAAUCUCCCUACUGUUCCUGGUGGACCAGAGGCAUUUGAGCUAGCAGCAAAGUUCUGUUAUGGAGUAAAUGUUGAGAUCACACUCUCAAAUGUGGCUAUGCUACGUUGCACAGCUCAUUUCCUGGAAAUGACAGAGGAGUUGUCGGAGAAAAACAUGGAAAUUCGAACUGAAGCAUAUCUAAAGGAGCUGGUGCUCCCAAAUAUAUCAAACUCAAUAUCUGUUCUACACCGUUGUGAAAGCCUAUUGCCAAUAUCUGAAGAUAUCAACCUGGUUAGCAGGCUUAUCAAUGCAAUUUCCAAUAAUGCAUGCAAAGAGCAGCUCACCUCUGGCUUAUUAAAACUUGACCAUAAUUUCCCUGCAAAAACUAUUCCCAACAUGGAACCAGAUACACCAGCAGACUGGUGGGGGGAAUCACUCACAGUGCUUAAUCUUGAUUUCUUCCGACGGGUUGUGUCUUCCGUAAAAUCUAAGGGUCUAAAACAGGAUCUGAUUAGCAAAAUUCUGAUAAACUAUGCCCAGAAUUCUCUUCAAGGACUUGGAGGCAAGGACUCCCACCUGCUCAGAGGAAGCCUCACGGAUUCGGAACUGCAGAAGAAGCAAAGAGUCAUUGUUGAAGCAAUAGUUAGCUUACUACCAACCCAAUCAAGGAAAAGUUCAGUUCCAAUGGCAUUUCUUUCAAGUUUGUUGAAAACAGCAAUAGCUGCAUCAGCAUCUACUUCUUGCAGAUCGGAUUUGGAGAGGCGGAUUGGUCUGCAACUGGACCAGGCAAUUCUCGAAGACGUCCUACUUCCGGCAAAUUCACAUGGAAACAUCCACAGCACACUUUAUGAUACAGAUUCACUCUUGAGGAUUUUCUCCAUUUUUCUUAACUUGGAUGAGGAUGACGAGGAAGAUAAUCACUUGAGGGAUGAGAGUGAAAUGGCAUAUGACUUUGACAGCCCUGGAUCUCCAAAACAAAGUUCAAUUCUCAAGGUAUCAAAGUUAUUGGACAGUUAUCUUGCAGAAGUUGCAAUUGACUCAAACUUGACGACAUCAAAGUUCAUAGCACUAGCAGAACUGCUUCCAGACCAUGCUCGUAUAGUAAGCGAUGGAUUGUACAGAGCUGUGGACAUAUUUCUCAAAGUUCAUAUAAAUAUUAAGGAUUCUGAGCGCUACCGACUUUGUAAGACAAUUGACUGUCAGAAACUAUCCCAAGAAGCUUGCAGUCAUGCAGCACAAAAUGAAAGGUUGCCUGUGCAGAUGGCAGUCCAAGUCCUAUACUUUGAACAAAUCAGGCUUCGGAAUGCCAUGAAUGGUGGUGGCCAAAACCAAUUCUUCUUUGGCGCAAACAAUGGCCAAUUCCCUCAACGUUCAAGCAGUGGUGCAGGAAGUGGAGCCAUCUCACCAAGGGAUAACUAUGCAUCAGUGAGAAGAGAGAACCGAGAGCUGAAGCUUGAAGUAGCAAGAAUGAGAAUGAGGCUUACCGACUUAGAGAAGGAUCAUGUGUCUAUGAAGCAGGAGCUUGUCAAGUCCCAUCCCGCCAAUAGGCUAUUCAAGUCAUUAACCAAAAAACUAAGCAAGCUCAAUUCCUUGUUUCGGAUUAAUGGCAUCAAGCCCAUAGGAGUGACCUCUCCAUGGGGCUUUGGAGGCAGGAAUUCAAAUCAUCAAAAUUGUAUGCAAGAGGGUACCCGAGACGAGGGGGCUAGAUGGGGCUGUGAUGCUAAUAUGAAUGCAGGGAUCUGCAGGUGUUUCUUCAAGACAGAUCAAACUAUAGCCUGUCCUGAGUCCUACCAAAGACAUGAUGAAGGGGGUUAAUGGACACCACUCACUCACUCACAUUCUCUUAGCUUCUUUGUUUAUGAAAACUCAAAAGCAUUGGGCUCUCAAAAUAUUAAUAAUCUUGUCCAAAGAACAUCUCUGUAUUCAUCACCGCAUUAUACAUUUCGGAGAAGACAAGCAGUCCCCGAUUCUUCCCCCUUGUUAAAGCUUCGCUAUACUCUUAUACAUGUGAAAACUAAAGUUCUCGUUUCGGUGCUGGCA